AGGGAACUUUGGCUGCCCCAGUAUUUCCUCGGAUGUUAGUUUCAAGUUUAUGUUUAUGACUUCAACGACUAUGUAGUAGUAUUCCUACUACUGCUUCUGCAUGUAAAAAACUGGAACGAUUUGUUCUGUUGGUAAAAAAUCUUAUCUUUUAGCUUUUGCUUUCUUGCUUUUCGUGUUGCGGAAAAUGUCCUCCGUGCUGCCCGUGCAAAGAGGACGAAGAGGACGCCGCGGGCUGACGUUGCUCGCUGUUUCAUCAGCUUCUUGCAGCGGCGUGCCACGACUUCUGGCAACUCUUCAACUUUCCAAUCUCGCUUUCUUCCACACCGCCCAGGCCCUGCUGUUGAAGAACAAUGGAAAAACGAAGGCUGUGGGCGCAGGAGAAGGAGGUGAAGCUUUUCGAACGGAAGAUCUUCACCAUGAUUCCAACCACCUGCAAAAGAGCCAAGAAUCCACACUGGUGCAUCCUCCUGCUUCCCUUUUGGCCCGAAAGGAACGACGAGGACCCGCGGUCCCUUCUGGUGCACCGGCAGGAACUUCAUUCACUACUUCUGGCGGAGCAGGUGCUCGACCGGACGAGGCAAAGAGAUCUACAGCUCCGGUAGGGAACAACUACAAGAAGACUCCUUCUGCGCAAGUUCUAGAUCCGGAUCUUCUUGACACCGAUCGCGAAAAUGAGACACGAAGCUCGUCGGUUUUUCUGCACAUGGAGGAAAAUGAAAAACGGGAAGAAGUGAAGGAACGCCAGGACCAGCCCCAACAAGUGGCGCAAUCUAUUUCAAGUGGUUCCGCUCCUGUACCGGGAACGUUGAGCACGACCAGCAUGAGCCAAAAUGUGAAUUCUCCCGGCCAGGCUUACAAUGUCGCAACUUCGUUUGAUGCGGUGCAGGGUGGUGGCGGGGGAAGGGGAAGUAGAUGGGUUUCAUCAUCCUCAGCAACUUCUGACGGAGACACAGCGAGCUGUUGCGAAAGUUCAUCUACAACUUCGUCCCAACUGCAGCCUCGUGCCUACGGUGGUGCGAGCAAUUUCGCUGGAGUGACGCCUUUUCAAAACGGGGGUGGCACGACGAGAACCUCCACCCUUCUCGGUGGAAACAGUGCAGCAGCAGCGGGUACGGUAGUGUCGCCUACGGGUGCACGGGGAUCUCUCCUCAACGCAGGUGGUACAACCACCAUGACCUCCACCACGACGACUUCCAACGAUGCUGCGACCACGACGACCGGGAGCAAUGGCAUGCGGCCGUUUCCGAGGGACUACAAGGACGGAGCGCAGGAGUACCAGGACCUGGUGGUGAUGUACCCACAGUCGCUGCUAAACUCCGUGGUGUCCAUGACCCUGAACACGAAGGACUACGGCUGCGAUUGCAACAACAAUUGGUACCUGGUCGCCUCGGGCCGCGAGGAGGACGGCGGCGACUGCGACUCGGGGGUGGCGUUGGCCCCCUGUCCCGAGCUCGACUUGGUGGAGCUGAACAAGGUCGGACUGGGGGUGAUGACGCACCUGUGUGCGGAUUCCGAGGCGGAGCUGCGCGAAGUGUUCACGCCCGGCGUGCGCUCGCUGGUGAACGACCGGCACAACCAGAACCGUAAGCAGUAUCCUGUGUGAAAUCGGGUCUCAUGACAGCACUCCGUGGUCAAAUUGGGAAUUUCGUUUUUGAUGCUGUUGCGGCGCAUGACAAGUUUGGGCUUUGCAGUGAUGUGCUCGUCGUAUAGCUAGUUGUGCAGCCGCGACAUCACAAAUCGAGCUUUUCAUCCUCGUGUUACCAUCACAAAUGCCAAAACACAACCAUCAGAACAUCACAAAAUAUAAAUAUGCUUGUUUUCAAGGAAGUGCGCAUUAGAUGGAUGUUCCUUUAGCGAUUUGCAUGACAUAAAUGCGGUGGGGACGUUUUCACAAAGGAUAAGCGGUACUGCGACGUCAUCGGCUGCGGGUUGAAGACAAAGUACUUCCUGGACGAGGGUGUGUACGGUCCCGGUGCGGGCAAUGUGAUCGACACGGAGAAGCCCUUCGAGAUGGCGGUGUGGUUCGAGACGGCGGACAACACGGCGGACGGAGAGCUGCGGUACAUCCGCGUGCUGUUCCAGCAGGAGGGUCGUGAGUUCGAAACGGAGGCGUGUCCCGACGAGGGUUGGCUGAGUCCCGACGACGACCUAUCCUCAGUAAAAACGUACCCACAGCAGAGUUGUAAUGCAGAUUUGCAAAGACCGGAAGAGUUGUAAUGCGCAUCCCCAUGAGAGUCAUUUCCAAUCGUGUUUUGGAAUUUGUAAUGCUGUAAACAGGAUGAGCAGAUGGAUUUCUGAUGCAGAUGGCCUUGCGAACCUGCACUACGCUACGGACUGCAGCUUGUGAUGUGUGACUCACAAAACUCCUAGGCGUGUGUUGCAAAAUCCCCAUCCUGACUCUGGUGUGGGUACGUUUUUGCUCAGGAUACGACCACGUUUCGGACCCGAGGGAGUACAAGCGUCGCUUCGGGGAGCAGAUGCGUCGGCAGGACGCGCCGGCGCCGUGGUCGGGACGAAGCACGUAUUGCAAGGAAAACCCUCCCCUCCCCAUAUCAAAACGAAAUUUCGGUUGCUGGAUUUGUGUACACAAAUCAGCUUUGUAUUGCAGGGCGGCACUGCGGCCAGAUCCCCGGGCUAGGCAGGGGCGUAUGGAUCUAGUUGCUCAGCAUGGCAAACGGCUCCCCUUUAAGCCCAACAGCAUGACGCAUCGCUUCCAUAAUGGGGCGGAAACUUCUGCCCUUGUCUUCUUGCGAGACGCCUGUGAUUUGUGGCCUCAAAUCAACAACACAAACCUUCGGAAACAUAGCUUUUCAAUAUGGGGAGGGGGGAUUUUUCAUUUUGAUAGCACGGCGUGGCACAGCAAAGACAUGCAGUGGCUCGACAAGUGUAACCCCAACGAGCUCACCUGCAACAUCGGAUCAAACCGGGCGCAGCCAGGCGUCAUCACGCAAGGACGAAUCAAAUACUUUUCGCCCUGAGAAAUUUAUUUGCGAAGUGUACUUGGUAGGGUUGUACCUGUUUUCUUCAUGUGGAGUCGUUCACAGUUGGAAAUACGUACUAAACUAGGUUUCGACGACGUUCUACUUUUAUCUCAUAAAGACCUACGAGUACGAUAACGACGUUGACGUAGAAGUAGAUCCUGAAAUCUCUAUGUAGUGCAUGCUGCAAGCGAAUUAUGCUCUCACUUCUCUUUUUUGUAGUUUCAGAUCACUUGUUUCACUUUCACGUUGUUCGUCUCUGAAAAACUACACGAUCAAAUUUAUGUACGAGAGAUGUGUGGUUGUACUGCACGAGCUGGACGAGCUAGCAUGAUGCCUCGUCUAAGGCAACAUUGACGUCGCUGUUGAUGGUAGCCUUUUUUCAUCCAGCACUAUGCACUGCUGCUUCUACAUA